GUGACUUUACCGAAAGAAUCAAUAAUAUGAAUUCCUGCAGUCACGAAAGUUUUAAGUCAAAAUUCAGGUUGAGAUUGGCAAUCAAAUACGUGGGAGUGAUUCUGCUGUCUGGGCGUGCUGUACACAGGUCCACGGUGAGUGUGCAGCUCGAUCCUUCUACUAAGCAGGCGUCUCUAGAGCCGAGUGGGACGGAGCCGCUCCUAACGUCGUCGGCAUGGCCUCCAGUGUGGCGCUCUCCAGAAACACGGCGGUUGUGGUGGUGGUUGGUGGUGUCAUUAUUCUGUCGGGUAGAGUGAGUGACGGCCGUGGAAAGGCGACUGUGUGAAGCAUCACUGCCAACAUACCCGCUCCUCCCUCCCUCCACCAAUAUCGUUGAAACCCGUGACAGUGCUGAUAUUGUGCCUGUUUACGCAAGAGAGCCUCACUGAUGAGUCUCCAGCGUGUUUUCAGGAGGGUCCUGCCAAGCAAGCAACUGCUUAGCAGUGGGCUGGACGUCCGUCCUGCCUUGUCAAAUGCACCGCUGUGAAAGAGACGCUGCAGUCGGAGGGACCGCGUCCCCGAAAUCCCACAAGCGGCGUUGCAACUCGGAGCAACGGAGCGCACACAACAUUGCGCGGAGCCGAGAGUGCGUGGCGGAGUGGCGGCGGGGCUUUGAGUUCCUCCUUUGUAUCCGCCGCGCCCGAGAAGUGGGGGUUCGCGUGAGUGGGGUUCGCACACAGAGCCCGCCCCUGUCGCCGUCUCCCGGCCGUGAGCAUCUCCUGGUAACAAAACUCCACAAGCACCAACAAAGCGGCGUCCCUCGCACCGUGGCCGUCAGCAGUGCGCGGCUGGCAAAGGGCCCAGCAAUCAGCUUCACGUUCAGUGACGGCUGCCCCAGCACCGCGGGCUUGACAAGCAUGGACGAGGUGGGGAGUGCGGUGAGGGAGACACAGAGCGCGAGGAACGCGGAAACCUCGCGGCACGACACUCUGGAGCAGCAGCGCGCGGGGCACACGCGGUGCAAGGUCCUGGCGCAGAGGGCGCACGCGGCACGCGCCAGCGAGGAGCGGCUGAACCGGGUAGAGGCGGAGAGGGACGCUCUGAGCGCUCGGCUCCGGGAGGCCGAGUUGCAGACUGAGGCCCUGAGCUGCUCGCUGCUGCAGCAGGAGGAGGAGAGGCGCUUCCAGAGCGCCAUGGUGGAGGAGGAGAGGCGCGGGAACCGUGCCCGCGAGCAGCAGCUGGAGAUGAGAGUGCAGGCCCUGCGGGACCUGCUGUUGGUUCAGGCCGUGGAGGUGGAGGUUGCCCGUGAGAGUCUCACCCUCUCGCCGCUCAGGGCCCUUGUGCCGGAGUUUGGGCUAAGCGUACCUACAUGCGCCACCUCCGCCUCGGUGAGCUACUCCCGCUUUCGCCUCGCGAGGGAGCACCCCUGUGGCCCCCCGCUCCGGGCCAGCGUCUCCACGGGAGCGCCCCGGGCGGGGCGCCCCUGCGACGCUGCCAGCACCCCCGGGUGGCCCAGCAAUCGUGCGGCCACCAGGAGGCCCCUCACCAUGUCCGCCCUGGCCGAGGCCCCGGCAGCCCCAUGGGGCAGCCUCCUCCGCCGGGAUGGUGACACGACGCGAGGGAAGGGUGGCGGCAUGGAGAGCGGUGCUUCUGCUCCUGCUCACUCCAACUCCAAAUUCCCGUGGAGCUGGCUGCAGGUCGUGGAGGUCGGUCCGAGCGGCCGCUUCGUGCAGGUGCUCAACUCAAGCGCGCGGCACAGCGAGGAGCUGGGCGGGUGCCUCCUGCAGCAGCUCCACACGGCGGGGGGAGGCAGCUGCCAGCCGAGGGGGACCCCAAUUGCCAUCUAUCGCUUCCCCCAUGAGCUGCGCCUGCCGCCCGGCGUGGCUAUCACGGUGUGGGCAGGGGCCAGCGGGGUCAGUGCCUGCCCCCCCACGGAUUUGUUGUGGGCAGAGUGGCCGCGGUUUAAGACGGGCUCGCACAUCGCCACUGCGCUCUGCCGACCAAAUGGACAGCUCAUCACGUGGCACUGUGCCCAGCGUCGCCCAGCCAGCUGUGUGGAGGGCACGAGCCCAAGAGUACUGAGGGGUCCUUCUACACAGGAGGCUCCUGCCGCACAGAUUCUCGGUGUGGAUGGCAUUGGCAGCGAGAAGCAGAGAGACGAACCACGCUCCAUGGAGGCGGCUCGGAGGGCUGCCCCAAGAUCUGCGAGAACGACCACAGCAACUAUGGCUGUUCCUCCACUUCGGGCACAAACGCCGCAGGGCCGACACUAGCCACAGACUCCCACUCCUCGCUUUAGCAUCCAGGGCCCACACACGUUGUAAUGCGCAAAUGUGAUUUUCCUAGAAUAUUUAAGCUGCCGAUUCUGAAAAUUGGGGUAUUGUUUUUGUAAAGCUUUUGGGGACCGCACAGCACAACUGUCCUUUAAUGUUAUUUUGUUUAACUAGGUGAACACUCAAAAUACCAGGAUAGUCUAAUUCGGAAGUGACAAAAGCAAAGCAAACAAAAUAAAGUACAGGAAGGAAGAAAAUAUAAAUCAUAACAAGAGAAAUGGAAAACACUUAACAAACACACAUCUUUGCCAAAUAGUAAACUCUCUACAGCGCAAGUCCACUCAAUAAGAUUAAACAGAGACUAAUCAUAGUACAGUGGGGUUCAAACUUGCUUGUGCAUUUGUUGAAGGGGUAAAAUGGUAUAUCCACAUGCAAGACAAGUAUAUGCUUGGCAAUCGCAUCUGCGUACAAAUCAAAAUGCAACACUGUUAUCUCACUUUAAUUCAUUUUAUAUACAACUGACAAACUCUCGCGACUGCAUACUCUUGAAGAAGUAUGUUGCGACCGAUAGAAUAAGGGGAAAGCACGAGAAUUUGGGAUAAUGAACAGGUGAUGCAAAUUAGGGGUGGGGGUGCAUGGACAUCUGUGAAAAAGAGCUUUAGAGCUCAUCGUGUUCCUCCAGUAUAAAUAUUCUGACUGUGGGAUGGCAUAGGUAGAAGCAUGGAGGUAUUUUGUGACUCAACAAAAAGGUGCCAGGUAGGGAUGAACAAUCGGGGCAGGUAAUUGGAAGGGAUAUGUGAACUACCUUGCCUGGUAUACAGGAGAUCGUGGGUUCGAUCCAGACCCUGACGCCUGUAUAUUCGCACCUCGGAUUAGCGCAGUUGACUACGUAUAGUGCGAAAGAAGUUCAACAUACGGUACAGUUGGGGAGGCUCUGUGUUUUGGAAUGGGAAUGCGUAGAGCCAAGCUGCCUGUGAAGGGCCAGCGAGGGCAGCGUGUUGCUGGCAGACGUAAAGUGGUAGCACGCACACAUCAUGCACAUGGGACCCAUUGUACUAUGUUCCUAUUUGUGACAAGUUGGAAUGCACCGUUGAUAAUAAAAGUAACGUAGAGAUGUAUUCUGCUGGUCAGUGUUUACUGAACUUAAGUUAAAUUUCCCUUAUUUGAUCUCGUGUUCAACACUGGCGCGAUCACAAACAUCGCCUUGGUAGUUCAGUUAGGUAGUUCCACCUCAUUACGAACCAGACGAUCAGAGUCACCACGACAGAACAUUCUGGUGAAAAAGAAAACCAACAAUCUCACUAAAAACAUCCAUCUCUGAGUGUGAAUAUGUACAUUGAUGUAUGCUAUUAACACUGAGAUAAAUAACCAUGUUGGUUUCCAAUAGAACAAUAACGUUUGAUCUGUGUGUCUAAGCAUCUUUAUUAUCUUAUUAAAGAC